GUCAUGAAAGAAAAAAAAAAAGAAUAUAAGGGCCACUGGAGAUUUUCACAUACCCUAAGCGAAUAAUAGCUUGGGCCUGGGUUUGCGCGCGCGCGCACAAUCCUCCCUCGUCCCUAUUAAAGCAUAACGCUCGUCGGCACACAGCUACACAGGUAGCUACGCUUUAAUUACACAUUUUUCUUCGCCGCUCCAAAAAGCCACCGAUGUGUAAUAGAGCUGACGGAGAGCUCUUCGUUCCCCUUCCUUCGUCUCCUCGUGGCUUGGAGCGAAGCGACGCAGCCAGCAGUGAAUCCCGGUGACGCGCCGAACGUGGACGUAGAACGGCCGACGCCUACGGCCUUUAAGUGUGCGGUUUACACAUUACAUUUACAUUAUCGAGACCCUUGGAAGUCCAGCGGCUGGAUCGUCCAACAUCCAACAUCUUUUAUUCGUUAUUCUUUUGACUCAUCUUGUAAAGUGUUCUCCCUGCGCAGUGUGUCUUAUGUUUACAUUAGUCACAAUUUGGGUCGAACGGACGAACAUCGUUACAUUUUAUCGACAAAGAGGGGGAAGCCGCGUUCCAGAUAGAGAAAUAAAACAGGGAGAAAAGAGACGUGAUGGACCGUGUGUCGUGUGAAUAGUGAAUAGCCGCAUUCACUGUGUGGCCAUCAUUUUAAAUAGUAGGACGUCUGAUAUCCGAGUUCGAUUUUCCAAUCGCGAGACAAUAUAACGCGCACGCAGAAAUUGUAAUUAAGCGCCCACACGCGUUGACAUGUGCCAAUUGAUGUAAUACGCAUUUAUAAGCAGCGAAUUUUUACGCCGCGAAAAUUUUUCAUUGAACAAAAAAUAACAAUUUUUUUCAAAUAAUCAAUCUAUAUCUGAUUAUGUUCAAUCGAGUUUAUUUCUUCCUCUUAACAUUUUACACAAGAGAAGUGCUAUGUGCCGGUGUGUUUGUGCCAAUUCGGAAAGCGUCGACUAUCAUGUGCCGGAAGUAGGCUUGGAAGUGUUCGAUGAAUUUUUCACAGAACUGCUUGUUUUUACCGAAAAAAAAUAUCUAAUCGAGGGAACGAUUGUAAGUGUCAACGUGAGUCUGUGUGAGCGAAACGGCAUGAUCCAGAAACGUUAAUUUGAAAAGUGUCAGAAACGGCGAGAUCUCGCGACACGUACACGCACACGCGAAUAUUUCAAUUAUUAGAGUGGCGGGAGCGUGUGUGCACGCUUGCUCGCGUGCAUCGCGAUCACGCAGCGUGAUAAUUACGUCGUAGCAUUCUCCGUGGGAUGAAUGAACGUGACCCGCGCAUUUUUUUCUCCCUCCUGGCUCGCGACGCAGGGAGAGAGAGGAGGAGAAGGAGGAAGAGAAGGGAGAGAGAAGGGAGAGAGAAAAGAAGAGUGAAUCGAACUCGCUCUGAUAAAAACAACCACCUAUUGUGAUAUCAGCCAACACCAAAAAGAUCGCGAGAUCGGGAAGACUCAAUCCGCGAUUCGACUUCGUCGCGCGAGGAAGCUCGAAGCGGCAACUGUCAAAACGACCGUGACGUAACGUUGCGCACGUGGAUUGCGUCGCGCUCUCAUGUCAAUCAUGACCCGAUCGAGACACUUUGUGAUUCGAGGGAGUAUCACGGCGAUCCGUGCAUCGAAAUAAUUUUCCCAUCUCUUUUCUACCGCCGAUAUAAAUGUGAAAAAUCGUAGGCUUCGAAUUUCCAGUUUUACACGACUUUAUAUGCAAAUAUUUCGUGUGUCAACGUAUUUAUCUCUGGUCUCGUCGUCGUAAAAGUGAAAGGAGCGGGUUUUACGAUAAAUAGUAACACGUGAGCGUAAUCGCAAAGAUAAGGAAGAUAAGGAAGUACGAGGUGAUGUCGAAGGCUUUGACGUGACGUAGCGGUUUCCCUCCGUGAUGCGGAGAUACGAUGUGGGAGGAUCGAACGGGCAAUAAGGUCGAGAGCAAUUGAACUCUCGACGCGUCGGUGGAUUUCGUUGUCGUCGUCGAGGGAGGACGACGGAGGGAUCGACAUCAGAUCGUUACAUCAGUCGAUCAUGGAGAGGAAAAGCGGAGGUGAGGCGCGGCCGAAGAUCGAGAUUGUGCGCGUCUCGUCCAUCGAGCGGAGCAACUUCCGGCCGCUGGACGGGGUGCAGCUGCGUGCUACGUAUAGCCACGUGCGAGUAGGCACUUACUGCCCGGAACCGGAAACGACCAGCGGAUCGACCGCCGAGAACAAGCCGCCGAUCGAGCAGACGCGACGCUUCAAGAAAAACUUGGGACCAGUAUCAAGACUGCUGAGACGUCGUCAUCACGCGACAUGCCUUGCCACCAAAUCCUGUGAUAACAUUUAUAGCGUGAAUAGAAAUAGUAAUUCUCUGGACUGGAGGGUCGGCCAGACCGCCAACGAGCAAGAUCUGCAAGCCAGACAGAGUAGCAGCCUGGACUGGAGGGUAGGAAGAUCUGUCACUUUCGGCUCCAAUCAGCUCCAUUGGAGGGACGCGACGCGAAGUGCCGAGCAGCUUUCCAGGAGCGCGCCUCUCACUUCCGAUCAUCUCCAAACGCCGAGCACGAGAUCGAAACUCGUGUCGUUAUUGAGACGACUCUCUCCGCGCCUGUCCCGACCCGGAAGCAAAGGCUCGCUGCAAUCGUCGCCGACGAUUUGUCCCUGGAUCCAGGUCGAGUACUCGGCCGAAUCGAUCGAGGGCGGCAGGCGAGAGGAGUCGCAGGAGAGCGAUGUCAGCUUUCAGCAGGAGCUGCAAUUGAACGAGCUACGGAAACGAAUGGCCGGGAUUGCCUCCACGUCCCAGGUUACGUCAAAGACCGCAGCCAAGGAUGGCAUAGCGAGACCACCGAAUCUGCCACGACCCAGGAUUCAAGUGCAGGAACCCGAAACCACCGAGUGUAAUCAUCCCAGAGCUGUGCACGAGGAUCGCGUGGACGAGGAGCGCCGAGGAGGCGAGGUGGCGGGUCUGGAGGACGUUGACGACUCCUGCGUCGCGACGGUGACGUCGUCGGUACCCGGAGCCGGCGGCAUCCGCUCACAUCGGCGCACUAGGCCGCUCUCUCUGGCCGUGCAACCCCUCAACUACCAUCGUUUGGACCCGGACUCGAGGUCGGCGAUCGGUGCCAGGCAUCACCCCAACAUGACCAGCCAGGAGAGCAUCGGGAGCUGCAGCCUGGACGUCGACCGUUCCGCGUCCGACCGAUCAGAAAACACCGUAGACUCCGUGUCGGAAAAGACGCUGCACAGUUUGAAUCUAUCAGGGUGCAACGGCGAACCGGUGUCGUCACCUGAGAAUUUGGCGAACGGCAGCAGCGAAACGUUGCAAAAGUCGCACCUCACUCCCGAUGAACAGAAGCUAAACGUCAGCAAUGUACAUCGCAGGAGCCCGGAGCCAGAGCAGGUGACAGCAGCGAAGAAACCAAGUUAUCUGGGACUGGCGUGCAGCAUAAGCGGCUACUCGGGAAUCACCAGGUACGACAGCAAACUGAGGGAAGGAUUCCGUUCGAGAGAUAGCAGUCCUGGCACAAGACUGAUCACGAGGGACACGAGUCCUGCAGGUUUCAGAUCCAACGAGAAUCUCAGCGUUCCGACGCCUCAAUAUCCGCCUAAGAGUCAGUCGAUAUCGCCGCUUGCGAUGGACAGGCAAAACGGAUUUACGAAUGGUAUGAAGGAGGAGUGUAAAGUUGAAACAUACAUGGAGAGCAGAAGCACGAUCAGUAUAUGUCAGGGUUAUUCGGAAGUCGACAAGGGAGUGUCGUUACACACGACGUUUCCUGAUCUUAGUCCUAUUAGAAUGAGUACUUCUACGACUAAACGAAGCCCCGGCUUGCCACAGAUGAUGUCCUGCGGUCAACAAAAUAAAUCCUAUGGUACAGGUUUCUCCUCUCCGAAGCAGGGCGUUGCUAAUCUUUCAGAUGCAUCAUUUAGUGAUGCUAGUAUUUUGAAUGGCUCGACGGAAGUUGAAAGUCAAGUGUUAAACACUUCAUCGAGUAGCGAAAAAUCUUUUAUUCAGCAACGAGUGGAGCGGCUCUACGGUCCAGGUGCUCUAGCACAGGGUUUCUUCUACAAACGCAGCACCACUAAACUAAACACCAGUGACAGUAAUUUCAAUAAAUCCAGUAAUAACAAUAACAUUUCGGCAGAUAAUGCAAACAUGGAACAGUCGUUGAAAAAUCUACCUGUUUUGCGACAUCUGCGUCCGGAAUUUCGGGCUCAGCUUCCCGUAGUCGGUAGUAGAAAACCCACAGAUGGAACGGAACAAGUCAUAAAACCUCUACAAAGGGUAACACCGAUAAGAAAAAUCGAGCAGAAGACUCCCACAACUAUGAAUUCACAAAAUAGCAUAACGAGAAUUCCGAUUACUAUAGAAGGUGAUGCAUUGAAGCGUGAUUCUAGUAGUAAAAGCAUACCUGAUCAACAGCCAGCGGCGCCGAAAGUAGUGUUACCUGUAUUAGAACCUAGCAGCAGUUCAACGAACAUAGCGAAACAAACUCAAGAAACGGAAAAAAUAAUCGAAGAAAAGGAUGGUCAUUACUUUAUGAAGUUAUUGAAACAAGAGACAGAUAGAUUGCUCUCAUUGGCCGCAUCCGCAGAGGCCGAAUUAGUCAGCAGUGACACCGUUGCACUUCCAGAGGAAGCAGCUGGUAAGCUACGAUCUGCUGCGGGAAAAGCCAAGUUGUUAGCUUCGCAGAAGAUGCAGCAAUUCGAAGGAUUAUGUCAAAAGAAUAUUAUUCAGGUACCGGGUGAAGAAUUUCCAACGACGAAUGAAGAUUUAGCUGGUUUUUGGGAUAUGGUAAUGUUACAGGUUGUUCAAGUAAACGAACUUUUUGAUCAGAUAGAAAAACUGAGGACGUCACAGUGGCAAGAGGUCGUGGUGGACAAGAAAGCUGCAUCAGCCUCGCAACAGAACGGUAAACGACGAGUCAUACCGGUCCACAAAGCGAAGCCGACCGCGAACAGCGAGGCAAAUAAAAAGGCGCGCGAGGCGAGAGAGCAGGCGCGACGACAAAUGAUCGAAGAGCGAAGACGAGCAAUGCGUUCCAAUGCGCAGAACACCGAUAAUUCCGUCGAGAUCUUCGCUCCUGAAACGUAACGAUGAAUCGUUGCACAUUGAAUCAGAAUUUAAACGAGCGAUACAAUCGAUCGCAUCGCGCCUCCUAGGGAAUAUUAAUAUGUAUAGACUGUCUGACUUGAAUAUAAAGAGAUAAGGAGAAGGAAGAAAAAAGGAAAAGAGAAAGAGAGAAUAAAUUUGUACGAGAAGGUAACAUCAAUUCAGCAAUCAGCUUCAACAAAAGUCAAACCUGCUUGUUAUAAUUAUUCAUAUUCAAGAUAUUAUCUUUCGCGCGCGCGUGAUUCGGAUGCGGAUUAUAUGCAUAUGAGAAAGGAGAAAGUAUUAAGCAGAUAGAUUGUGUAAUAUAUGUUGAAGUUGCAGAAAUUUUUAGUAUUAUCCAUGAAAAAAAGAGAGUAUAAAUACAUGCAAGAUAAUACAAAGAAUAGGAGUUUACGUUUCAUAAAAAUUUCUCAUUUUUCAUCGAGCUUUGACGUGUUACAUAUUAUCCCAAGCAUUUUAACGCAAUAACGCGGCACGAUAACGGUACGUCGCCUCUUGAUAAAAAUAUUUUGUAAAUGCGAAACGUGAAAUAUUUACUAUAACACUUUACUUGUAGAACUGUUUUUCUACAUUACGUAUCGCAGCGAAGGGGGGGGAGCGAACAUUAUUAACUUAUAUUUAUAAAAGGUAGUAAAUUGUUGUGUGUGUGUGGGCGUUUAAACUGGCGAUUAAAGAAGAAACAUACACACAGUUCUCACCAAUGGGAGUCAGUCGCUUUUUGAAAGUCUAGAAACUGUCUAAGUUAAGGAGAGGAAGAGAAUGGAGAAAAAUUGGCAUUGUUUUCUGAUUUUCUUGGCUAAACUGAAUUACGAUAAUUUAUAACUUUCCUUAACUUAGACAAGUAGUUUAUUAGCUGAUGUAUGUAAAUAGAAUAUUCACAUUUGCACAAGGCCGACUCUAUGCCGAGUGUUUGCCUAAUAUAAUUUUUAUCAGAUAUCAAUAAAGUUCUCUCGUUGAAAUGUCA